GGGAGGCGCGCUGACUGUGAACAGCAUCAGUCUGGUGACAGAGAGCACAGGAGGCUCCCGUGGCUGCCCGCUCCUCUCGGCUGUUUUCAUGUCCGGGGCCACACUGCUUGCGAGGGGGCUGCAGGGAGGAUGACGAUGAUGACCAUGAAUGGCAAGCAGCAUUUCUCCAUGCACCCGGCUCUGCACGAGCCCAAGUAUCCCGGCCUGCACUCAGGCUCGGAGGGCAUGCGCAGAGUCUGUCUGCCCGCCCCGCAGCUGCAGGGCAAUAUAUUCGGAGGCUUUGAUGAGAGCCUGCUGGCACGGGCUGAAGCUCUGGCGGCUGCUGACAGCAUUGUCUCUCAAGGCAAGAGCCACCCGUUCAAACCAGACGUGACUUACCAUACCAUGAGCAGUGUCCCCUGCACCUCAGCCUCCACUUCCUCCUCCACCACCGUGCCCAUCUCCCACCAUCACCACCACCAUCACCUAGGACAGACCCUGGAGGCCGGGGACCUUCUGGAUCAUCUCUCCACCAGCCUGGCUGUGACCGGGAUGGGUGCUCCAGAGCCUCCAGGGAUGACCGCACCGGCGCACCACCACCAGCACCCUCACCACCACCUGCAAACCAUGGGGCAGCUUCACCAGGCGAUGGCCACCAUGGCCCAUCCUCACUCCCUGUCCGUGCACGGCGGCAUGGCGUGCGUAAGCGACGUGGAGUCCGAUCCUCGGGAGCUGGAAGCCUUCGCCGAGCGCUUCAAACAGCGCAGGAUUAAGCUCGGGGUGACCCAGGCGGACGUCGGUGCUGCGCUGGCCAACCUCAAAAUCCCCGGUGUGGGGUCGCUGAGCCAGAGCACCAUUUGCAGGUUCGAGUCCCUCACCCUGUCCCAUAACAAUAUGAUCGCGCUCAAGCCGGUCCUACAGGCCUGGCUGGAGGAAGCAGAGGCUGCGCACCGGGAGAAGAGCAGCAAGCCGGACCUUUUCAACGGCAGUGAGAGGAAAAGGAAGCGCACGUCCAUCGCCGCGCCGGAGAAGCGCUCCUUGGAGGCGUACUUCGCCAUCCAGCCGCGGCCCUCCUCGGAGAAAAUCGCGGCUAUCGCUGAGAAAUUGGACUUGAAAAAGAACGUGGUUCGAGUGUGGUUCUGCAAUCAGCGGCAGAAACAGAAGCGAAUGAAGUACUCGGCGGUGCACUGAGUUCUCCCCACCAACAUCAUGAAUAAAAUAGCCUACUACAUUUUUGAUUGAGUGAUUAAUAAUAACCCGAGUAACCCCAACAAACAGGGAUUUAUCAACAUCGUCCUUUGGGAUCGUUUCCAGAAAGGAUUUUCCCCCCUUUAUUGUCACUCACUCUGCAUUGUUGCACCUUUCUGGAUUUUACUAUUAAACUGGCAUAUUUAUUUAUUUAUUUUAAAGAUAUUUUGGAUGUUAUCGAUCAUACUCUGCACACCUGACAGUGGACUUUUACUCUAAACUAUCACAUUUAUUGUCAUUGGACAGGACUUUUUUACUUACUGCAUACAUUAAUAAAAAAACAACACUUAUGUUCUUCACGUCAUAUGCAGAAAUAAUAUGUCUUCACCUGUGGAUCAUAUAGGAUAAAAAUGUUCCAAGUUUUCACCUUUUAAACACUAAACGCUUCGAAUGGAGCCGCUCUCUUUGUAUACUGUGAGUGAUCGUGAUUUACGCACAAAAAGUGUCUUUUUUCACAAGCUGUAACACUCUGUUCAUCUUGAAUGAUCAAGAAAUUGAAAUUACACUGUCCUUAUAGGAAGCACAACCAACGUGGCUGCUGCUAUAUUUUAAUAUUUUGAUGUGAACAUGUUUUUUUUUUUUUGCUGAAUUACGGGUGAGCUGUAUAGAUAUUUAUUCUAUGGCUUUUAACACCUGAUAUAGACUACGUAUCUAUUUUAUUCACUCUUGAUUUCACUUGGAACAGAAGUGUGAUAUUUAAACUUAAUAAAUUAUUCGUUAUUUUCUAAAAUUCCCAA